AUGGCCCUACAUACCGUAACCUUAAGUAUAUUGUGUUUAAUAUUACCGAUACUGUUUAAUCAAAACGUGGAUGCGGCGGCUGUUAUUUCUAUCGAUCUGGGAUCAGAAUGGAUGAAAGUCGGUAUUGUUUCACCUGGAGUUCCGAUGGAGAUUGUUUUAAACAAAGAGUCCAAGAGGAAAACGCCAGCUGUCGUUGCAUUUAGAGACGAUGUUAGGACAUUCGGUGAAGACGCUGUUACCGUCGGUGUACGGUUCCCGAAAAAUUCCUAUAAAUACUUGCUGGAUCUUCUAGGAAAGCCCUAUGAUCAUCCAUUGGUACAGGAAUUUAGGGCAAAAUUCCCAUACUAUGAAAUAGUUGCUUCAGAGAGAGGCACACCUGAGUUUGUUCAUGAUGAGAAUACAAGAUAUAGCCCUGAAGAGCUCAUUGCACAACUACUGGCUAAAGCAAAGGACUUUGCUGAAAUUAGUCAUGGUCAACAAAUAACGGAAUGUGUAAUCACAAUACCUGGUUACUUCAACCAAGCUGAACGUCGCGCUAUGAAGGAAGCUGCUGCUCUUGCUGGGCUUAAUGUUUUACAACUUAUCAAUGACUACACGGCCAUUGCUAUUAACUAUGGAAUAUUUAGGAGGAAGGAAAUCAAUGAUACUGCAUGGCAGGCUUUAUUCUUUGAUAUGGGAGCGAUGUCAACAAAGGCUGCUCUAGUUGAGUAUAAAACGGUCAAGAUAAAGGACAAAGGCUAUGUAGACACUGUACCACAAUUACAAGUCCUAGGAGUUGGUUAUGACAGGACCCUCGGUGGUUUGGAAAUGACCUUACGUCUUCGUGAGCAUCUCAUCAAAGCUUGGGAAUCAUCGGGUGGAGGUGAUGUCAGAGCCUCUCCUCGUGCUAUGGAGAAACUGCUCCGAGAGGCUGAGAGACUCAAGAUAGUAUUAUCAGCUAACAACGAACAUUACGCACAGAUAGAAAGCCUGCUAGACGAUAAGGACUUCAAGCAUUUGGUGACCCGAUCUGAAUUCGAAGCCCUAUGUUCUGAUCUAUGGCCACGUGUCUCCGGUGUUAUCCAACGAGCGGUGUCAGGAUGGUCAGUAGGCCGGCUAGUUGUGGCCGGUGGCGCAUCACGUGUACCCGCUGUACAGAACGCUUUGAGAGAAGUUGGUCUAGAACCAUCAAGAUCUAUUAAUGCUGAUGAAGCAGCUACUAUGGGAGCCGUAUACAGAGCGGCGUCUUUAGCAACCGGCUACAAAGUGGCAAGUUUGAAUGUCAGAGAUGCAGUGGUGUUGCCAAUUCAAGUGGUAUUCAAUAGACAUGUUGACGGCAAUGAUAAACUGGAUGAGAUAAAGAGGACUUUGUUUGGGCCCAUGAACUCCUACCCACAGAAGAAGGUUAUUACAUUCAACAAGCACACAGAAGACUUUUCCUUUAAUGUCAACUACGCUGAAUUAGAUCAUAUACCGUCAAAUGAAUUGAAGAAUAUUGGCUCUCUCAACUUGAGUCAUGUUGUCCUUACCGGGGUCAGUGAGGCGCUCACGAAGAAUUCAGGAGAUAAUGUGGAACAUAAAGGCAUUAAAGCGCAUUUCAAUUUAGACGAUUCUGGUAUACUUAAUCUAGUUAACGUGGAAUUUGUCGCUGAAAAAACUGUCACAGAAGAAGAGGACAAAGAUAGCACUCUAUCCAAAAUAGGCAGCACUAUAAGUAAACUGUUCGGAUCUGACUCGGAAUUACCAGAGAAAGUUGAGGAUAAACCGGAAGAAAAAGCACCGGAAACAGAAAAUAAGGAAAGCGCCAAAGUGAAUGAGACAUCCACGGACAAACAGAAUGCCACAGAAACUGACAGCAAGCCGAAACCGAAAAUAGUUGUUAUGAAAGAACCUAUUAAAUCUGAGGAACAAAUACUCAAUCAACUACCAAUGACUCCCGAGCAAUUCAAAAACUCAAAGACCAAGAUCACGAUAUUGGACAAUGUUGACAAGAAACGCAUCGAGAGAGAGACGGCCUUGAAUAAUUUGGAGGCUUUCGUUGUUGAUGUUCAGUUAAAGAUAGGUAUGGACGAAUACGCCGAGUGUGGCACAGAGGAAGAAAUAGAAGAGAUCAGGAAAAUGUGUUCAGAAACAUCGGACUGGCUUUACGAUGAUGGAUACGACGCUGAAACAGAAAUGUACGAAGGAAAACUGAAUAAACUAAAGGAAAAAGCAAAUCCUAUCUUCUAUAAACAUUGGGAGCACAGGGAACGACCUGACGCAAUAGCCGCUAUCAGGAACUUACUGAACAGUUCCAAAGACUUCCUUAAAAUGUCCAAGAACUUCACCAAAGAAUCCAAUUCGGAGAGAGAUGUCUUCACCGAGGUAGAAAUCACGGUGCUCGAAAAGAAAAUAGAGGAAACUGAAACUUGGCUCCAGAAAUCAAUAGAAGAGCAAAAGGCUAUGAAGAAGAACGAAGACGUGAAGCUAUCGGUGGACAGUAUAAGGGAGAAAAUGGCGAGUCUCGACAGAGAAGUUAAAUAUCUGUUGAAUAAAAUGAAAAUAUGGAAGCCGAAGAAACCUAUCAAGAAAGAGGAAAACAAAACCGAAACGGUCGUUGAACCGGAAGAAAAGGAGGUAAAUGAAAAUUCCGAAGUUAAUAAUGAUGAGAAAGAUAAGGAAAGUGAUGCAGAAGUGCCACAAAUAGGUGAUGCUGAUGGUGAUGAUACAGUAGAACAUUCCGAAUUAUAA